AGCACUUGUCCCGUUGUUUCCUCUCCAGUACUUUUUUUAUUUCUGCCGCUGCAAAAAAGGCGAACGGAGACAUGCGCAUAUUCAUGUCAAGUGUAGUGUUAAGGGAAUAAUAUUUUGGCUUUCGGGGGCCUAAAAUUACAUAAAAAAUGCAUAAGCUGAAAUUCUCACAAAAGGACAAAGUUAAAAAAUUUAUAACUUUCACUCAGACUGGCGAACAGACCGCUAUUUACUGUUUGGCACAGAACGAUUGGAAAUUGGAUCUGGCGAGUGAUAAUUAUUUUCAAAAUCCUGAUGCUUAUUACAAGGAAUCCAAAAGCAUUUUCAGUGUAGAUAAGAAAAGAUUAGAGGCGCUAUUCGCCAGAUACCAAGAUGCAAGCGAGCCGGACAAAAUCACUGCUGAUGGGAUUAUGAAGUUUCUGGAUGACCUUGGUCUCAGUCCUGAGAGUAAAGUGGUAUUGAUUAUCGCCUGGAAAUUCAGAGCUGAAACACAAUGUGAAUUCACAAAAGAUGAGUUUAUGAAUGGAAUGACAGAGUUGGGAGUUGACAGCACCGAUAAACUCAAAGCAAGACUCAACAGUCUAGAGAAUGAGCUUCGAGACCCCCAAAAAUUUAAAGAUUUUUAUCACUUUACAUUCAAUUAUGCCAAGAAUCCAGGGCAAAAGGGCCUUGAUCUUGACAUGGCCAUUGCGUACUGGAACAUCGUCCUGGAGGAAAAAUUCAAGUUUCUGCAGCUAUGGUGCCAGUUCCUCCAGGAACAUCACAAAAGAUCGAUUCCCAAAGACACUUGGAAUCUUCUCCUUGAUUUUGCAUUGAUGAUAAAUCCAGAUAUGACUAAUUAUGAUGAGGAAGGUGCUUGGCCGGUGCUAAUUGAUGAUUUUGUAGAAUGGGCGCAGCCUAGGCUAUCGAGUGAAGAGAACCAUCUUUAUAAAGACAUCAUGUCCACGUGAUUCCAGUUGGCUUCAUCGUUGAUUUUAUUUUCCUUUUUUUUUUAAUUUUUUAAUUUUUAAAUCUAUUUUAUUUUCAUUGGAUUCGAAAAUUUCAGUGCAUGUGGGAUCGUCUGUGUCCACCAUUUGUUACGAAAAACUUUUUUCCUACUUUUUUUCUCACCAUCAUUUUGUUUUUUAAGUUUUCUACCGUGAGAUACUUAAAUGCUGAGUAAAAUAUUAACAGCGUGCUGUACUAGUAUGAAUGAAGUGAUAUGCAAAAAGGACUGGGAAUGAUAAAUCCCAUUCCUUUAAUAAUAAUUUUGUUAAUUGUUCUAACAUCCCAGGAAUGAAAUCUGUUGCGAAGUUGAUGACAUUAAUUGAAUCGGAAGUUUCAUUAUCUAGGGAUAUUGUAAGAGCUGGUGAAUUCAGAGCAAGUCAGAUCUUUCUUUAUUAUUAUCAAUAUUAUGUAGAAUACAGAACCCAUGAUAAAGUCUCCUCGCGUGAAAGAAUUCGAAUGAUUCAAGAAUUAACAAAUAUGUUCAAUAAUCAUGAAUUUAUUCGCAUGAAGUAAUAAUUAGUUGGUCGUUUCGGAAAUUAGACAUUUUGCAAAUCAAUGACAAUGCAACUUUUCCAGAGUCAAUGAAGAUUCCUUAAAGACAUAUCUCUCAAUAAUUUCCUCAAUAUCCUCUUUAGUUAUUUACGUAUUGGCUACAUAAUACGCAAUCAGAUUUUUUAGGCGCUUAUCUUCUGCUCUUUAUCUAUUCGAAUUACAGGGGAUAAAUCAAUAUAAAAUUGAUGCUCUAGGAACUAACUGUUUCCCUAGACUUCAGCACCAUGCAACAGGUAUUAUUAAUGAAUAUUUGAACGAAAAAAUUGUAGACGUUCAAUAUUGUUCAUAAUUUAAUUCUUAAACUGUUGGAUUGAAAAUCAAUGGAUUAACUUAUCUCGAAAUGUCGUCCAACUAAAUAUUUUCGAUGGAAUUUAUAUUUUUUGAUGACGGAAUAUUAACAAAUUGUAAUACUCAUUGAAAAUCUACACGCUCUGCUGUAAACAAAAAUUAGAACAAUUCUAGGUACCAGAAACAUUGAACAUAUAUGAGAACAUCAAAAUAAUCUCUAGAGAUUUUGUAAAUAAUGUAAAUAAAUGUCAGUAUAUCUGAUUACGAAAUAGCUUUAAUUUUUUGUGGUUCCAAUAAAACAAAAUAAUGACAUGG